CAGGUGUCACGGAGCGCGUUUGUGCUGUUGGAGUUGGUCGUGCCAGGCCCUUAAGCCUUGGGGAGGCUCCUUGGCCGAGCCGUGGGCUAGAGACGCUCAGAUACAUUUCAUCAGCUCAUGAAUGGACGUUUAAAAGACUUUACACAAAAUACAUGUGAAAAUGGAAACUUCAUCUUUGCUGUCCUCCUUACAUGAUGAAUGCAGAUCAGACAACUAUAUUGAACCUCAUUACAAGGAAUGGUACCGAAUAGCUAUUGAUGCUCUGAUUGAAGGAGGUUUAGAAGCCUACAAAGAAUUUCUUUCCAAAGAGAGAUGCUCAGAGUUCCUAGCAGAUGAGGAAAUUGAUUAUAUUUUGAACAAUGUCCACAAACUUCCCCAAAACACAAUUUAUUCCUCUAACCAUGCCAUUGAUGACACCUCUUCUUCGGGAACCUACUGGCCCAUUGAAUCAGAUGUGGAAGCUCCAAAUCUUGACUUAGGUUGGCCCUAUCUGAUGCCUGGAAUUUCUGGUGGCACAAAUAUUGAUCUGCUUUUUCAUCCACCACGAGCACAGCCUUACACCAUAAAGGAAACUGUUCGGAAGAUGAUACGAGAUGCAAGAAAGGUCAUUGCCAUUGUUAUGGAUAUGUUUACAGAUGUGGAUAUUUUUAGAGAAAUCGUGGAGGCAUCUACCAGAGGGAUUGCAGUGUAUAUCCUACUUGAUGAAUCAAACUUCAGUCACUUUCUGAAGAUGACAGAGAAACAAGGCUGUCAAGUUCAGAGGCUCAGGAAUAUGAGGGUGCGGACAGUGAGAGGACAAGAUUACUAUUCUAAAACAGGAGCAAAGUUUCAUGGAAAAAUGGAACAAAAAUUUAUUCUUGUUGAUUGUAAGAAAGUCAUAUAUGGUUCUUACAGCUUUAUGUGGUCAUUUGAAAAAACCAACCUCAGUAUGGUUCAAGUUAUCACAGGACAGCUUGUUGAGUCCUUUGAUGAGGAGUUCAGGACGCUGUAUGCCCGUUCUUCUGUUCCCAGCUCAUUUGCCCCAGAGCUGGUGCGGGUAAACAGUCGCAAGACGCUCUGGGAUAAUGACACAUACCAGCAUUCAGUGUCUUCCUUGGCUUCAGUUUCGAGCCAAAGAAACCUUUUUGGUAGGCAAGACAACGUUCUCAAGAUAGAUCCUGUUUGGAAAUCUCGUGGAAGAUAUGCAGUAAAUGAAAUAGAUAAAUAUGGCUUGAGAAAUCAAGCCUAUAAUAAGCAACCAUUUAAUCCAAGUUUUAAUGUUCAAAAUCCAAUCCAGCAGUAUCAACCUUGUGAAAAAAAUGAGCACUGGAAGAGACAUAGUUAUGCUGGGGAGAAGCCAGAAAGGACACCUUACCUAUUGCUCAACAGAGCUAUUAACAGAGCAAACAAUCAACCAAAUACUUGGAAAAUGCCCUCUGAUAGCCUUAGUAUUGUGUCAUCACUACGAGGAGGAUAUGCAAAUAACUACAAUAUUCCCCAGCAGAGUUUUGCUGAUCAGUUCUCACGACCAAAGGUGAAUCUCGCGGAGAGAAAUUCAAUUGUGCGGAGGUCUUUUAAUGGGACAGAUAAUCAUAUCCGCCACCUGCAGCAGAGGAUGCCGACCCUGGAGCACACAACAAAGUCAUUCCUGCGGAACUGGCGAAUAAAGUCCUAUUUGAAUGAUCAGUCCGAUUAUCCAGUGGAGUCAAACGGGUCAGCCGUGGGUGACAGGUACGAUAGCUAUGACACGGCUGAAAAUAUUAAAGCUCAUGCCCUGUACUCUCAUUCUCGCUUGCGAUCAUCGUUGGUGUUCCAGCCUACUUUACCUGAACAGCAGGAAGUAAGCAGCUGUGCAAGUUCUUCAAAUUCUACUAUAAUUGGGUCAGAGGGAAGUGCAACACCUAAAGGGACAUCUAACCAUGCUCCGAGUGUGGAAAAUGGAACGGAUCAUAUUUUAGAGGAGCAUAGCACAAACUUUCCUCUUAAAUCAGAUGCACCAAAAGCCCACAGAAUUCAGAUUGCUGACACCACAAAACCUAGUGUGAAUUCAAAUGCAGCUGGUGACUCAUCACUGUAUUUGUACACAACACUGUGUACAGACAAACAUGCAGAAAAUUUGAAGAACCUUCAAAAUGAAAAUAUGCUCAAAAGGAGAAGUUUUCCCAUGUUUAAUUCCAAGUCCAUAUUGGAUCCUGGUACCAACAAACAUGCAUCCAAUUAUGUUUACAGCACAUUAACUAGGAAUAGACUUAAGCAACCAAUUAGUCCAAAACUUCCAGAAGAAAUGCUGAAGAGUGCUAAAAGUUUGCAUAGUGUGACCAACCAUUCGCCACAGGAGGAAAAGGACCUGAAAGGAGAGCUGAAGAGCCCGACUGCUAGCAAGGCAGUCUCCAUGGCAGCUCUCACUGAAGCUAGCAGGGAGGAGUCUAGUAAGGAUUGCACCUCGAAGAAGGAAAGUAAGAAUUCCCCAAGUUUCCUGAAGAAAGGAUCCCAGAAACUGCGGUCACUUCUUAAUCUCACACCAGACAAGAAGGAGAACUUGUCAAAAAACAAAGGUCCUGCCUUUUACAGAAUGUGUAGUAGUUCUGACACAUUGGUUUCUGAAGAUGAGAAUCAAAAACCAAAGAUUUCUGAAAAUAAGACAGAUUCUUCCCCAAGGAGAAAAAGGAAUUCAUCAUCAAAUUCUCAAGGUAGUUUGAACAGAAGUAAAGAAGAUGUCACCAGCAGCCCAACAAAAUCUCCAAAGUCUCCAAAGUCUCCAAAGUCGCCCAAGUCUCCAAAACCUCCAUCUGAUGAGGGCAAUAAAAAAUGUCCUCUCUUGUGCCCCCUUGAAACUAAGUUCAUAGAAACUGCAGGAGAUCCAUCUACUCCAAGAUUUAAUACAGAACAGAUUCAGUAUCAAGAUGCAAAGGAGAUCUCCACAAAUGCUGCUCCUGAAAGUGCUCCUGUUUCUGCUCUCCAGAGAGCAAGUUCAGUGACACCACAGCUGGCAAGCUCAAAGCACCAAGAACAGCUGAGAUCUCGUUUGAGUGAAAGGCGUGUGUAUAGUCGCUUUGAGCCUUUCUGUAAGAUUGAAAAUGCCAGCCAACCUGCAGGAAAUGCAGCCAACAGCAGUUCACACCUAUCAGAUAUCAAAAGCAAGACCUUAGGGAAUAAUUACGGCAGGAGUAAUCACAUGGUCAGCUACAACUCUGCUGCUUACCACCCAUUGCAGCCUAAUGAAAACAAGCUGAGAGGAUUUAUGCAAAAGUUUGGGAACUUCCUACACAAAAACAAGUAACGUUGUAAUUUUGUUGAUUAUAUUGAAAUGCAGCAAGAUUCGCAAAGCUGGACAUAAUCUUAACUGGACAAAGACUCUGGCUAACUUUUGUAGAGUUUACUUGGAUUUCUUCUUGGGUCUAGGACAUUGGAAUGAAUGUACAUUUUUAAAAAAUAAUUAUUCUAGAGUUGUUAUACUUAAAUCUUUACAGAAAUUCUGUGUCCAGAAGAUGUCUCAAGGAAGCUGUCUAUAGUGUUGAUAUUGUAAGAUUAAUUUUAUACAUUUUCCUUGUGAAGAAAAUACAUUCUAGCAUAUUGUAAGAUUAAUAAACAUGGGAUGAAAAAGAUGGGGGAUGUUUUUAAACUUCAAAUAAUACUGUUUCCAAAGAUUUGCCCUUCAAAAAUAGGAUAGCAGUAGGAAUAGUAAAUUGUAUUUUUUCAGCGUUUAUGUACUUUCAAAUGAUAAACACAAGUGUUAAUGCAUUGCAUGUUACUUAUCUUUAAUUUUUGGAUCCUCUUUUAGGUUUCAUCUUGUUAAUAAUUUACCCCAUAGCAUCUAUUGAACGUUUGGGCAGCAGAUGAAUAUAUCUUAUUUUAUUGAAUUUUCUCUGUAAUAUGAUAUUUUUCUGAAGUAUUUGGCAUACAGAUCUGAAAGUGACCUUAAUCUGAGUUUUCACGAACUUGUUUACAUGGUUAAGCUAGUGUGAAUGUAGAAUGAACAUUAAAAAACUAUUUAUAAAAAAGGUGCCUUGAACAAAACCUACAACUAGUUUAAAUUUCAAUGGGUAAUUACAUUUGUACAGCAUGCCAGUAUUCUGUAAUGUCUUUGUUAAAAAAGCUUUUUUAUUGCAUUUUUCUAUUUGGUGUGUUAAAAAAAAAAAUUUCUGUGGACUUCCAUUUCUCAGGUAAGUUUUUGAGUUUCACAUGCAGCAGUCUGUUUUAAAUGUUGCCAGGCAUUUUUGCAACUAUGGCUUUAAUGACCUUUCAUCAGGAUGACUAUUACAAGCCCACAAGGAAUUAGGCAGUUAAAAGUGAGAUUUGUAGAAAUCACCACAUUGAACAAUAAAGCACCUUUCCUAAGACAAAAAAGCUAUCAGUGAAGGGUGAUAGUAGAAAGUAGAAACUUCAUAGAAACUUCAGUGAAGGGAUUGAGGCACAUAACUGCGGUUUAAGGGACACGUUUGGUUUAUCUGAGCCUCUGUAUCUUAAAAAAUUUCUCACUACUAGGUGACUACAGGUUAGUGCUUAGAAAAACAAAAGUGUGGUGAUGUGUUUGGGCAGCAGCAUGGCAUCCACUUCUCAUCUGCAGUGCGCAGCCAGAACAUUCAACUGGCUUACCCUGUCCUGGGUGGGAAGUUUGUGUCUCAGAAGGACUCCAUAACCAUUUAGCUGUAAGAUACUCUGUGACAGUUUUGUUCCAAAUUCAGAUUUUUUUGAAAUUUCACUGCUGAAAGCUUAGAAUUCUUAUACAGAUCUUUGUGUUUCAGGAUGGAGUUUUAGGAGAAAACUUCAGUCUUAGAUCUGAAAUGUCCCAAAGUGUUCUAUGGAAGAGUCCACAUGAAGGUCUUAGCAUCAUUCUUUAGAAAGAAAGCCCAAAAAAGCAAAAAUGUAAAAGGCAAAAAUGAUGUUCAUUUGGCCUAUCUACCUGUGCCUGGGAAUAGAUUUCAAAUGGAAAUCUACUUCUCACUGAGAACCUUCUCUAGUUCCCAUGAAGUCACUAUAGUGACAUAGCGACAGUAGUUACUGUCAGUGAUUUCAACAUAGCAGUGUCUGCUUUUUAUUCAAGCUUUUUCUCAGGCAACUUUGUUAGGGCUCGUGCAUCAUAACUGUUUCAUUGUGGGGGUGCUAAUUAUUUACAUGACUGACAAAGGCCUGCAUCUCAGUCCUCUGCUGAAAGUUUAAGUCUCUCCAUUACCUGUGAUCACAAAAGAUCUUAUAAAUUUCUUGGUGAGCACUUUGUUCAUUCCUUGAUGAAAUGCCAUAGUUAGCAUUUUUCCCAAACAAACAUUUAUAUUCUAUCCCAACAGAGCAACGUGUUCAGACCCAAGAUAAGGAGUGCCUUAGUUCUCAAGGCAUGUUUUCAACGUAGGCACAAUGUACUUCCACAGCUAUGCAGACAACAGCAAUGGCAUACUGUACUUUUUAAAAUACUUAAUAAUUUUUAGCCAGUUGGACAUUUGUCAGGGUAGUACGUGAAUUGAAGUGCAGUAGGUGCUAGAAAUGAUGGGAGUAGUUUUAGGAGGAUCUUUAAUUUUCCUUCAUACUCUCAUGAUCUCUGACAUAGGCUUGUAGGCAGAAUUGUAUUUGGGAAGGAAAUGAAAAAGAGAGAGCAAGGGUCUUGGGGGAUGUUUAGAAGUGACAGUACAUUCCAUAUUGUAAUAAGCUUUGGGAAAUCUGUACUCAUGCAGUUUGGAAAUAUCUUACUGUAUUUUUCAAAGUAGAUUGUUAAUUAAAGAGUCCUGAUAAGGAAGAUAUUUAAUUUACCAAAUCAUCUGUGUUUGUAGAUACAUACUGCUGUUUUUCACCUGCACAGAAGAUUAAGAGCCUUCAGUGAAGAGCCUGCUCGUAGACUUGAUAGUGCAAAAAAAAAAAAAUCUCUAUAGAACUACCUUUUUUAUUUCCAUUUUCUGAUCCCUUCUCAGAGUUCCCACUUAGGAAUGGUCUGCACUAAGGCUUGAUCCGAUGUUAAUUGAAAUGAAUUCCACAGACCUCAGGGAAAAUAGGAUCCAACACUUAAUGUACUGACAUCACUGUUUUAGGAAUGUUACAAGAUCCAGUGCUGAUGGGGGAGGAUAAGGCUCUGCUUGACACCAUGGGAAGACCAGCUCAAUGUCCUGCCUGCAGCUACAGCUUUGGAGGUGGGGAAGCACAGAGGGGAGGUCCACAGAUGCUGAAAGGACCAAGUGUUGAUUUGUUCCCUCCAGAACCUGUGUUAGUGGAAAAAUGCUCAUCCAGUACUGUCCCAUUUGCCUCAUAUCUCCAUGGGACCCAGUUGUCCAUAAAAUAAAAAGGAAAGUACAGCGGGCAAAAAAUCCUUAUAUCAGCAGAGAAAAAGAAUAUGCAGAUUUCUGGAGGGAAAAAUUGGAGUUUGUAUUUUGAACUUCUUUUUCCCAAAGCUUGUUUUGGUGUUUCUGUCUUUCCAAAGAGAUGCACUUCAUUCAGUGUGUCCUAAAUGUGCAUUGCACGUCACAAGUUUUGCAACCCACACACACCCAAUGCACUCCCAGUUUUGUAAGGCUGUGGAGUAAUAGCUGUUGCCAUGCAUGAUGGUCUUCUAGCCACAUGGCUUGGGAGUUGUGAAAUCCAUAAGAGAUGUCAUGCCAUUCCCACAUUAAAUAAAACUCCAUUGGCACUGCCAUGCAUUUCUGAGGGCAGUUCUGUGAAAGCUGGUCAGAGUUAGGCAGUGCUGAGCCCCUCAGGGGCACUGUUGGGAGCAGAGUGCAGCUGGGAGAUGCAGGGCACCUCAAACAGUGCUCAUUCAAUUUGUGUCAUAAAUAAACUACCCAUACAUACAGUCAUAGUAUACAGUGAAUAAAUGGCUUUAUUUUUUCAGCCUCAUAAUAAACAGAUUUUGCUGCCUCUCAGAUUGCAGAAUUGUUGGUUGUUCUCUUAUUAAUGACCUUGCACUGUACUCUUUAUUCAUACUAACAUGAACUAGAUGUGAAGAAAGAUGAUAAAUCAAGAAAAAAGUGAGUUGCCAGCUGUCUAAUAAGUAAGGAUAGCAGUAUUUGUUACAAACCUUGAGAAAAACAAAAAGCUUAUCAGGCACUAAAUGUUUGUGCAUAAGUGAAAAAUUACUAUUCAAAGACAACUGUUUGAUCAUUUUUCAGCUUUCUGAGAUGUAUUAAAAAUGUGGUGUAUAAGACAUCAUUAAAAAACCCAAAAUUUGUUGCAGGACAAUGUAAAAAUAAAAUCUAAAUUGACUCUUCUAAGCUGUAUGAUAAAUACAUAUUUUUCAUUUGCAGCAUUGUGUGGGGUAGGCUGUACAAUCAACAAGUAGCUUUGCAGCUGUGUAAUGCAGAGAAAUCAGUAAGGUUGCCAUGGUAAUUAGUACAAUUUAUUCCCCAUAUCAAUGUUGUAUUGCACAGUAGAGUACUUGGGGGUUUUUGAGUUUGUUUUCAUUUAAGUCAGGAGAGUUAGAGCAACAUAAAGCUGCAGUAGUUCAUGGGUAAUUGAAGCAUGUUCCUCCAAUUUUGUCUUUGCUUGCACAAGUACCUAUUCCAUUAGCGCCCCAGUGACAAGAGAGGAGGCUGCAAUGCUCAAAAGGCUGUCUUGCCAUUUCACUCCUUAUUUCAGAGAGAUGCUUACAGAUAGAUGUCUGGGUGCCUUUAUAUAGGGUCUGAAAUAUUGCCUAAUUUUCAGCUCUAAGAGUUACAGUUAGGUAAUUUUCACAUUUUGCAUGAUGCCAAACGUUGCAUGUUCUGAGAAUGCUUUUCUGUACUUGGAAACGGGGUGGAAGAAAACGUGCUCUUGGAGUGCUCAGAGCAGGGCUCCUUUACUGCUAGCAAAGCUGGUAGUUCUGAGUUUUGCUUUUGUGAUGAUGGCUAAUUAAGUCAUAAAACUUGUGCUGCAGGCCUUUCAGCAGCUCUGUUGCCCUUCUCUGGACACUCUCUUCGGUGUCCUUGUAGUGAGGGGCCCAGAACUGAACACAGUCUUCAAAGAGUGGCCUCACCAUUGCCAAGCACAAUCCCUGCCUGGUCCUGCUGGCUGCCCUAUUGCUGAUCCAGCCUGUCCAGACCCCUCUGCUGAGCCUUCCUACCCCCCUGCAGAUCAGCACUCCAGUUCCCUUGGAACUGACUGAGGGUCCAUGUGAUCUCCUCAUUGUGGAUCAUCAAUAAAGAUGCUAAGCAGGCCUUGCCCCAACACUGAGCCCUUGGGAACACCAUUGUGCUGACUGCCAGUGGGAAUCUAUUCCAUUCACCAACAGACCAUACAGCCAGUUUUCUACCCAGUGAACAGUGCACCCACCCAAGCCAUGAGCAUCCAGUUUCUCCAGGAGAGUGCUGUGGGAAAUGGUGUCCCUCACACCAGAUCAGGGGGGAACAGGUCUGUAGUUACUGCAUCCUCCUCUGGUCCUUGUAGAUUGACUCACGUUUGCCAACUUCCAGUUACCUGGGAUCUUCCCAGUUAAGCAGGGCUGCUGGCAAAUGAAAGGGGCUUGGUGAGCACUUCUGCCAGCUCCCUCAGUACCCUUGGGUAGAUGCAAUCUGGCCCCACAGACCUGUGUGGUUAAGUGGUGUAUCAGGUAUUUCACCAUUUCCCCUUGGGUUAGGGGGGUUUCAUUCUGCUCCUCGUCCCUGGCUUCCAGCUCGGGGCUGGUACCCAGAGAACAACAGGGCCUUACUAGUAAAGACUGAGGCAAAGAAGGCUUUAAAUACCUCAGUGUUUUCUUCCUCCUCUGUAACUACGUUUCCCCCUGCCAUCCAAGAGAGGAUGGAUAUUCUCCUCAAUCUUCCUGUUGCUGAUGUGUUUAUGAAAGGAGUUUUUAUUGUCUUUUCUGGCAGUGGCCAGGUUAAGUUCCAGAUGGGCUUUUCCCCUUCUAAUUUUCUCCCUGAAAAACCUCACAAUAUCCUUGUGGUUGUCCUGAGUUGCCUGUCCCUUCUUCCAAGACAUAAAUAAUUUUCUUAUUUUUUUUCAUAUAUAUCUGUGGAUUUUUUCAAAAUAUCUCUCUUAUUUCUGGAGGAGAAUCUAGUUUGCUAAAAAUUACUUGGCAUCCCUUCAGAAGAAGCUUCUGUGAAGAAUAUACAUCUUUCUUUCACCAUAUGUGUUAAAAUAUCUAAAAUAUCAAUGGUUAAGUGCAAAAGAUAGUUGGAGGGAAAACAAAUAAUUUCUGAUGCGUGGGCUGUGAUAUGUGCUUAUUUUGAUAGUGUGCUUCCAUAUGUAAAUACAGCUGGGAGAAAAAUAGCUUUUUUUCUCUCCAAAAGACACAGAAUUUAUGCCAGUUGAAGUGGAAAUAUUUGAAAGAGCACCAGUGACAAAAUUUUAUUGUGUUUGAGAAGUGAAUGCAACUAAUUAAUUAGCAUUCAAACACUGGACUCCCACAUGUCUAUUGUAUGUCUGUUCUUGCCUCAUUUAGCAAUCAACGUACUCAAAAUUCACACUGAUCAUCUACAGCUUCCCAAGCUCUUGAAUAUAUAUUUCUCUUCAGAACUAUUCCAAUGAGGCAUUAAAAACAUGCUUAUAUUUUUAAACUAGGCCAUCCCAGAAUAAAGCAUACCAGGCAUACGUGUUUUGUUAGAUUUUGGUAUUAAAACUCUCAGUGCAGUCCUAGCUGAUGUAUUGUGGGUAAUUGUUGACUAUGUACUUCUGUUGUUUUGUUUGAGCCAUGUCUCAUUUUGACCCAUGGCAACACCACAUUUAGACAUCACGUUUUUUUUAAAAUGUCACACAUGCUGAUGUGAAAAUAUUGUUCUGAUUUCUGAGUUUAGAUCAAUCUUUAAAGCAGAGUGUGUAGGUCUGUGAUGAUCCAUAAGAUUUCAAAAGAGGAUUUCAAUUACUAAAAAAGAGACAAAACUAAAAAGCAUUAGCAGGUAUCUUCACAAACAGCAAAGGAGACAAGUAAAA